CCACGCCCUUACCAUCCAUACCAUUCCUUCCUACGACGGCAAUACUGGCAUCGUAUCCAUCCCUCAGAAGUCGUGUGUCCUCCCUACUCAGGCCUGGUGACCGUAUCCUGUAUCAGCAUCGCCGCCGUCGCCUGCCUCCUACUCCAGCCGUCAUGACGGCCACUCCACCUCGGCGGCCCGACGAGGAAGUCGACUCCACACCCUCCUCGCCUCGUCUGAGCACCAAUGGCAGUCUCAGCUCGUCAGUCAAGCAGCGUCAUCCUCUCCUUCACCGUCCUCUGUAUGCAUUCCAGCUGCCCCCGACUCUCCUCUCCUCCCUCAAGCUGAGGUCAAUCGACGUAGAAACCCCUGCAGAGGCGCAAAAGGGCGAGAGCAGCGCUGCAUCAGGCGCCACGGCAGGCGGUCCCUCAGCAGCUGCACUCGCGCAGACUGCCACGACCAGUACCAAUCUCACCUGCAAGCUAUGUCCCUCUCAGCCUACCUUUCCCACAUCAGGCCAUCAGAGGGCUCACUUCCGAAGCGAAUGGCAUCGGUAUAAUCUACAGGUAGCUCUCAAGACCGGCGGAGCGCAAGGCAAGGCUGUAGGUCUAGUAGACGAGAAGGGCUGGGAGGAUCUGGUCAACGAUCUUGGCGACGGGACAGAAGAGGAAAGCGUAGGUGGGAGCACAGACGAGGAAGGCGCGAGCAAGCCCGCUAGGGCAUCCGAUCUGGUAUCACUCGUAGUCAAGAAGCUCCAUUUGAAUGGCGCUUCCUCAACAGUCGCAUUUGAGACAGACGAACCUACAAUAGACGAGGAAGAUGAAGAUGAAGAGCUCAUGGUCUCUACUCACUCUCGAGGUGGAGCAGUCACAGCCAAGUCAGCUCUAUUGUGGUUCACCACACAGGCCUCGGACGCAUCCGAUCGAGUUCACCUUGAACAGACGCAGUUUGGCCUCUACCGGUCUAUCUUUCCUGAUGUAUCAUCGACAACAGUACCCUCUUCCAGCGCAGGUGGAUGGCAUGUGAGCGCUCUGCAGGCCAACCAGGCUGCUCCCUUGCGGAGAGCGCCAGUGAGAGGAAGCCAGGGUUCGGGCUGGAAGGGCAAACGCCUGAAGGGAAUGGACGAUGCUGCAAUCAUGCUCGGAGUCAACUUCCUUGAAGGAGAGGGAUACGUCCCAGGUCUCGUCACUGUCAAGCCCGAGCGUGGACAAGGUACUCCGGAGGACAGCGAGGAAGACUCCGACGGGCAAGUUGCCUCUUCCUCUUCUGAAGGAGAGACCGAGGUGACCAUCAGCACUUCUUCUGCUCUCCCUCGGUCCCUCGAUCCACCUCUUCGCACCUGGACAGUUCUCCUCUUCGGCGGUGGUCACUUCUCGAUCGUAGUAGUGGCUCUCAAUCCCCACAUCGCCCCACGAGUCGCAUCUCGCAACCGGCCUCUACCCCCUCAGGGAAGCGAUGAAGAGGCUGUUUCGGAAGAUCGAUCCUUGAUCGUUUUAGCGCACAAGGCAUUCCAUCGCUAUACUACCAGGAGGAAACAAGGAGGAUCUCAGUCUGCGCAAGAUGCUAGCGGCAAGUUUGCAAAGUCGGCAGGAGCCCAACUGCGUCGUGCUGGAGAAGUAGCGUUGGUAGAGGAGGUUCGCGCUCUGCUGAACCUCAGUGGCUGGAGAAAGCUGAUUGGCGAGACAGAGAGAGUGUACGCUCGCGCUGGUGGUCGAGCGGCUAGAGGUAUACUGUGGACAUGGGGUGGCGAUGUUGCAUCUCCUCUCGAGGGGCCCAAGACGGAUGGAAGGCUCCGGACCGUACCUUUUUCGACUAGGAACAAGGCCACCGUUGGCGAAUGCCUACGCGUCUUUGCCGAACUAGCCAAGGUCAAGAUUUCACGCAGGACAGAUCAAGAGCUGGAGGAAGAAGAUGAGGCCUACCGACGAUCUCUCACUGGCAACCAGGCUGCGCGAGAGGAGCUGCAGAAGAGGAGGGAGCGAGAGAGGCUAGAGAGAGAGCAGGGCUUGGCGAAGCUGAGGGAGAAGGCGAAGAAGCGCAAGGGGGAGGAGGGGCUUCUGAGCAAAGAGGAAAAGAAGAGGAGAGAGCGAUUCGAGAGGAUGAUAGAUAUGGCUCGACGAGGCAGGAUCGAGGCACUUGUGAAUCACCUCGAGAAGUACGGGCCGCAAUUGCUUCCUGCACAAGGAUGGGAGGCGGGUGAGGAGGACAAGGAGAGCUCCAUCGACGCUUCUCUACCCGAGUGGUGGAGAGCGAGGCAACUACCUGCAAGUUCUUCUUCUUCCUCGAAGAAGACGAGCUCACUCCUCAUCCCGUCUACGCUCCUGCAAUUGGCCGCCGAGGCAGGUCAAGAAGACGUGGUGCAAUGGCUUCUCGUCGAGAAGCGGGCCGAUCCAACCAUUGGCGUCUCUACGCCUCCUGCUCCUCCCACCGAGGCAUCACAAGCUGGCACCGAUACUCCUGCCCCUGCCGCUGCUGUCGAAGCAUCCAGCGAUACUCCCUGGCCUCACCGUACCGCAUACGACCUGGUCCCCUCCUCGUCCAAGGGCACCCGCAACGUCUUCCGCCGUCUCAAGGCCAACCAGCCCGAUUGGUACGACUGGUCCGGUAAAGCCCGCGUGGUAGAUAGUGCUCUUACGGGAGAGAUGGAGGAGAACCAGAGUAGACGAAAGGCUGGACUGAGGGAGAAGGCGAGGGCUCGAGAGCGGGAGCGCGAGGAGAGAGAGAGGGAGAAGGAGUCUCAGCAAGCCACUGCUGCUCCGGCUCCUGCAGCAGUGGUCUCUGCGCCUGCUAGUAGUGCGACGAAGAAUCGACUUGGAGGAGGGAAUGCGAAUCAGGGUACGGCGGCCUCGAGGGCUGCUAAAGACGCGAGGGAUAAGAUGGAGGGUGUUUCGCCUGAGAUGAGGGCUAGAAUCGAGAGGGAGAAGAGGGCGAGGGCGGCAGAGGAGAGGAUGAAGAAGCUGCAGGGAGGUGGAAGCCCAUAGAGCAGUGAUCUGUUUUGAGCUGCGAAUAAUAUUAGAUUGAGACCUACAGGGGGGCCUCCCGAAGAAAUUGCCUGCAUCGCUCAGAGGGAGGCUCUUACUUGGCCGUAUCCUCCCUGAUCCUCACCACUGCCUUUCCCCACGUCUUCCUCUCACUCAAAUCCAUCAGACCCUGUGGCAGUUCCUCCAACCCCUUGUACACCCUACUGAAAACCGUCGGCUUAAUCCUCUUUUGUUCAAACAUUUCCAAGAGGGCAUUCCAGCACUCUGGAAUCUUAUCGACCUCAUUCUU